GCCAAAAUGAAGUCUGUGGUGUCUGUGUGCUGCUUGCUGUCUCUUCUGGCCUUGUCUGCUGCAGAUCUCCUGACAGACUCCUCUGUCCAAGAUGAGGAUCCUCGGAUGCGUCUGAAGCUCCAGCGGCCAGAGGGAGACCUCUUUUCCUGUGGUUGUGACACAUCAGAGGAGCAUUCCAGCCAGAGCUCCUCCAAUGACACCCCAGCCCCAGAGAGGGCCGUGUGCCAUCCCUGCAAAGCCCCAUCGACUGCAGAUGAAAAAGACCCAUCCUCCUUAGAGGAUAAGGAGGAAGAGGAAGCACCACAAGAUGAUUCUUCCACUGAGGUGGCAGCAAGUGAAGAAGAGGAUGAAGAAGAAGUGACAUCAGAGGAAGAAACUGAGGAGACAGUAGAUGAUCCACCUAUUCCUGAAGACGAGGAGGAGACUUUGGCUGUGGCUGAGGAAGGUGAGGAAGAAGCCAAAAAUGAAAUAUCCAAGGAGGAAGAAGAAGUGAUUGAACCUAAGGAUACUGAUGGAGAAGAAGCGGUUAAAGAGACUGAGGAAUCAGAAGAUGAAGACGUACAGGAAGAAGCAGAGGAAGCUUCUGUAGAAAUGAAAACUGUGGAAACAGUCCUGCAAGACGAUACAGAUGUGGAGGAUGCAGCUGAGAGGGAGGCGGUCGAAGUGACCGAAUCAGAAUCAAAAGAAGAACCAGUGGUGGUUCCUGAAACCAACCCUGAGUCUGAAGAAACGGAGCCAGAACUGAUAGAAGAACCAAAAACAGUAUCAGCAGAUAGUUUAGAGACUGAACCUGAACCUGAAGUCACUGCAGAGUCUCCAGCUGGAGUGAUUUUAGAAAAGCAACAAGAGCCAGGAGUCACUCCACAGGUUCACCCAGAAGCUGUUACAGAGGAGACCACACCACAGUCGGUUGAGGAAGCAGGAGUGCAGGAUGUAACUGAGGAAAUUACAGUAGAGGCAGUGGAGGAGGUGACUCCAGAGGAGCCUUCACAGUCUAAAUCCAAAGAAGGAGAGACAUUAAGCGUGGCACUGAGGAACCGUUCCCACAUUGAGGAUACGCUGCGACUGGCGUCUGCUGAACCCUCAGCAGAGUUCUCAGGUGCCGUGAAGACGCUGCUGAACAUCUACCACAAGGCCGUCAAGCCAGUAGAGCAAGCCUUCAAGUACAAUGAGCUCAGGCAGCAUGAAGUCACAGAGGGCGAGGUCACAUCCAAGCCCAUGGUUUUGUUUCUGGGACCCUGGAGCGUUGGAAAGUCCUCUAUGAUCAACUAUCUGCUGGGUCUUCACGGCACCCCCCAGGAACUCUACACAGGUGCUGAACCCACUACCUCCGAGUACACUGUCAUAAUGCACGGCGAGAAGUUUCGGAGCGUAGAGGGCAUCGUCAUGGCGGCAGAUAGCUCGAGGCCUUUCUCGCCUCUGGAGAAGUUCGGCCAGAACUUUCUGGAGCGACUGGUCGGCAUUGAGAUGCCACACAAGCUGCUGGAGAGGGUCACCAUAGUCGACACACCGGGCAUCAUUGAAAACCGAAAGCAGCAGGAAAGAGGAUACCCAUACAAUGAGGUGUGCCAAUGGUUCAUUGAUCGGGCUGAUCUCAUCUUCCUGGUCUUUGAUCCUACUAAACUGGAUGUGGGAGGUGAGCUGGAGAUGCUCUUUCGUCAGAUGAAGGGCCGUGAAUCACAGAUCCGCCUCAUCCUCAACAAGGCAGACAGCCUCUCGACCCAGGACCUGAUGAGGGUCUACGGAGCCCUGUUCUGGAGCAUGGCACCGCUCAUCAAUGUCACCGAACCCCCUCGAGUGUACGUCAGCUCCUUCUGGCCUCACGCCUAUGCUCCAGACACCAGCCGGGAGCUGUUUAUGAAGGAGGAGAUCUCACUGCUGGAGGACCUCAACCAGGUGAUUGAAAAUCAGAUGGAGAACAAGAUUGCAUUCAUUCGGCAGCACGCCAUCCGUGUGCGCAUCCACACUCUGCUGGUGGAUCGCUACCUCCAGACCUACUACGAUAAGCUGGGCUGGUUUGGUGACCCCCAUGAGGUGUUCCAAGACAUUGUCAAUGACCCUGACAAGUAUUACAUCUUCAAGUCCAUUCUGGCUAAGACAAAUGUCAGCAAAUUCGACCUGCCAGACAAGGAGGCCUACCAGGACUUCUUCGGGGUCAACCCGAUUUCCAACUUCAAGCAGCUCUCCUAUCACUGCAGCUGGACUGGAGGCUGCCUGCUGGAGAAGCUCGAGAAAGCCAUUUCACACGAGCUCCCGGCUCUGCUCAGCAGCGUUAGCAAGAGGACAGAUGCACCCGCCCCUGCGAAAGCUGCAAAAACACCGCCGCCCCCCCUCCCUGGUACCUGUGAGGGCCCUGUGUGUGAGGAGAAGCCCAAAAACCGCUGGAGGAGACAGCUCCUCGGUCACAACCAGCACACCAGCUGGGGCGAGGAUUUCAGUCACAGCGAAGACCCCUGGAAGCUGCAGGAGAGGAGAUACCACGUUCGGCUGGAUAAGACCGCGAAAGCCGCCACAAACCUGUAUGUGUUUAUAUCCACCACACCAACUCCAGCAGAGAGCUUUAUCAGGGGGGGAGAGAAAGGGUGGCACCAACGACGGACGGAAGAGGACGCACCACAGCCAGAGCGCACAGUGUUGUGUUUGUUGGACACACACAUGCCAGCGAAAACUAGCACUAUCCAGACCUAA